GGGGUGCCGGGAAGAGGCUGACAGCCUGGCCAGGAGUCGGCCUCGGCCUUGGCCUCGGGAGGGGAAGCGUAGGAGAGACCCCAAGGCACAAGAAAGGAGGGUCAGGGUGACUCACGCGAAGCCAUGAGGCAGGUGCUGCUCUCGCUGGCCCUGUGGCUGGGCGCGAUGGGCCUGGGCAGGGCUGAGCUCACGGUGGCCCAGCACCGGGGCCUGCAGGUGGCCCUGGAGGAGUUCCACAAGCAUCCGCCCGUGCAGUGGGCCUUCCGGGAGACCAGUGUGGACAGUGCCAUGGACACGCCCUUCCCGGCCGGGACCUUUGUGAGGCUGGAGUUUAAGCUCCAGCAGACGAACUGCCGGAAGAAGGACUGGAAGAAAGCCGAGUGCAAGGUCAAGCCCAGCGGGAGAAAGCGGAAAUGCCUGGCCUGCAUCAAGCUGGACUCUGAAGAUAAAGUCCUGGGCCGGAUGGUCCACUGCCCCAUAGAGACCCAGGUUCAACGGGAGCUGGAGGAGCGCCAGGAGGCCCAGUGCAGCAGGGUGGAGCACGCCGGCGAGGACCCUCACAGCCACUACUUCCCUGGGCAGUUCGCCUUCUUCAAAGCCUUGCCCCCCAGCUGAGGCCUGACUGAAUCUCACCCGGCUUCCUGGAAGCAGCGUGAGGGAGGUAACAAGUGAAAGCCCGCCCUCCCUUCUCUGCGCCUAGGGAGGACUGUCCCAUAGUCCCUAAUAAAAGUGCUCUAGAGCUGC